AUGGCAGAAUUGUUGGAUCCACCAAAAGAGCCCAGGGAGGCUUCGAGAGCCCUAUUCAAACGCCUUUGGCGUUCUACUUUGCUGGGUCAACCGCUUCUUCCCUUCCUCUUCCAUAACACCGACUUUGAGUCUUCCCUCCUUCAGCAAGGCACUGAUGGUGGCAAUCUCCAAACCAGCACAUCAAAACCAUCGGCUACCUACUGGGAUGUCACUCCCUCAGUUCCCUCGCCUUCAUCAAUUUUUGCUCCUAAGAGUCUGCACACUGUUCAACGCCUAAUUCUGAAACAAUGGGCUCCCCGCGCGAUAAGUGGAGCGGAUCUUCUGAAGGACUGCCUGGCUAAUCGGCGGUUUCUCUCAACGGGCUUUUCUCAACUCGAUUCUCUUCUCAACGGUGGUUUAAUGACUGGCGAGAUAACCGAAGUUUUCGGGGCCUCAGCAGUCGGAAAGACGCAGAUCUGUCACAGCGCCGCAGCGGCUGCCGCCAUUUCAUCACAUCUUUUUCAGCCCGACACACCCUUAUCUGAAUCGUUGACGGAGGCUCGUGGUCCCACAGUCCUCUAUCUCGACACCAAGGGCGAAUUCGAUGCCACCCGAUUGCGAAGUAUCAUUCGCUCUAUGCUGAAAAAGAAGUGCCAUCUGGAGGAUAUGCUUUACUGUUUGUGUGUCUCGCAUCGGCAGUGGAGGCACCACCAGACCUGUAUUCAGGUGUCAACAGUAAACGUGGCCCUCUGA